GCAAUAUGGCGGGUACUUCGCAGGAUCAACUCUUGAAUCUAGGAACAGAUGACAACAUUCACAGAGACGAAGAUGAUGAUGGAGAGGAAGUUAACGACAUAUAUAAUGAACCUGGUAACAUGGGUUAUGACCUCCCCUCCACAUCCAUUAACGGGGAGGUGUGGAACAACACAAAAAAGAUAUGGGAACUGAACUACCAUGAAGCAGCAAUAUUUUUACAGGAAGGAGAAAACAAUGAUAAAUACACUACCCAUCCAAGAAGCCAUGAUGCCCUACCUGCUUAUGAGAUUGCACAUAACCACUGGUUUUAUGCCUUGGAUUUGUUCGCAUCGUUGUUGGUGCUGUUUAUGGCAGCGUGUGAGCGCCCAGCUGUGCCAUUUCUCACCUUGCCUGUGGGAGUACAUGGUGCCCUUGAAUUGUUUGGUCUCCUCAUCAUUGCCUUGGAACUUGGUAUCCGCAUGAAGUGGCUGGGCUGGAAAGUCUUCUUCAGACAUAUUCGCACUGUGAUCAAGACUGUGACACUGUCCAUAAUGUUUAUUGAGACCAUAGUCGUGAUGGUUAGACAGACAAACCACUUCAGGGUAACUCGUGCUCUCCGUCCACUCUUUAUUAUAGACACGUAUUACUGUCGCAAUGUGCGCAGAAUAUGUCGUCAGAUUCUGCAGUCCCUUCCUCCAAUCGUUGAUAUGAUCAUUUUACUUCUAUUCUUUAUGCUUAUAUUUUCUAUAUUAGGAUUUUACCUGUUCUCUCAGAUACCUCAAGAUACAUAUUUCACAACGAUACAGGACAGCUUCAUCAGUUUGUUUGUGCUCCUGACAACAGCAAAUUAUCCUGAUGUGAUGAUGCCAGCCUAUGCCCAUAACCAUGGCUACGCCAUUUUUUUCAUCAUCUACCUUGCUCUGGAACUUUAUUUCCUCAUGAAUCUUCUCCUAGCUGUUGUUUAUGAUACAUUUUCUAAUCUGGAGAAAUCUAAACUUAAAAAGUUAUUUUUCCAUAAACGUGUUGGAUGUCGACAUGCAUUUAGACUACUUGUCACAAAGCGGCAUAGCAACCAUAUACAACUUAAACACUUUGCUGGGAUGAUGAAGUAUUUUAGACCAAAGAAAACACGACGAGAGAUUUACUUAACCUUUAAAAUCAUCAACACAUCCAUGACAGGUACCCUCAGCCUCGAUGAGUUUUACAAUAUUUACGAUACUGUCAGUCUCCAGUGGUCGCCAACAGGUGAACAAACCCAGAUAUGGUCCUCUAAAUUCCGUCCUCCGUGGAACAAACUGUUCUCAAAAUUGCACUGGUUCAUCAAUUGGAAAUGGUUUGAAGGCUUUGUAUAUUUGGUGAUUGCUGCCAACUUUAUAUGGAUUCUUAUAGAAACUAUACAAUGGUCGGUCAACAGAGUAGACAUUCGUAAUUAUGAGUUCCAGGCGUCUUGGGCUUCAUUCAUAUUUGUAUGCUUGUACACUGUGGAAGCAAUGUUGAAGAUCUUGGGUAAAGGUCCCAAGGAGUACUUCACCACCGGCUGGGAUGCGUUUGACUUUAUUGUAACCUUUACCUGUGUGAUUGGUGUAAUGGAUGAAUUCUUUGCCGGAACUUUUUACUUUUUUACCGUCUUACGUCCAUUCCGUCUGUUGCGACUUUUCAAGAUCAAAAAAAGAUAUAGAGAUGUGUUAGGAACAUUCUUUGUUCUAUUAAACCGAUUGCUAAGUUUGGCUGGGGUGAUAGUUUUGGUUUACUAUUUCUUCAGUAUCAUUGGUAUGGAAGUCUUCCUCCAUGUCGAUCUGAGGAACUGCUGCAAGAACACCAGUGUGGAAGAUUUUUACAAGUACAGCAAUGACUCAUUUUUCGAGGGCUACUAUUAUCUCAAUAAUUUUGAGAACAUUCUGGUUUCUGGUGUUACUUUAUUUGAGUUAACAGUUGUAAACAACUGGUUCAUAAUUAUGGAAGGAUAUGCUCACCAUGUUGGAGAUCUAUCAAGGACAUUCUUUAUGUUGUUUUAUAUAGUAAUGAUGGUGGUGAUGAAUAUUGUACUGGCCUUCAUCUUGGAGCUCUUCCUGUUUCGGAUCCAGUAUAGACGAGCACUCAAACUGGAAGAUAUUGAUGCUCAUUCAAAGCACGUUGAGGAGGUUUCUUUGACAGAGGAAGAAGAGCUGAUGUGUUGUGAUCGUCGUCUUGUCUUCACUGGACAUCACAUACAUGUACAGCAGCAAUACCCAGAGAUAAGGACUCCUUUCACAUUUCGGGGAGAAAGAUUUCGCAGGAAGGAUGACUUCAGUCUACGGAUGUACAGUGAUGAAGUCACGGGAUGGAUAGAAGAGGACCAGGCUGAACGAGAUGAGACCAUAGAGAGUCUAGGGCAGAUGAGGGUAAGGCAGCGGGCUAAUGCUCAUCUCCAGGACGCUUUGGUCCAUAGAGGCAGUGGAGAACGAACCAACUCAACUUACAGCCAUGUCAGUCAGUGGGGCCCAGGGGGUGCAGGCACCUCAUCUCCCUGUUGAAAUGUUCUUUUGACAGGUAGGGGGAGAAUAUCUUAUUCUGUCUCAUUAGUCAUGAGAGGAGGCAGGCUCACUCCUCACAGAUGAUAUCAUGAUGAAGGGGAUGGGAUAUCUCCGUGUAGAUAUAUCAUUAACUCUACGCAAAGAGACCUCUUUACUAGGCUGUUUGUAUAUUGUGGAAGGUGCCAGGUGUUCUCCCCAAUAUGGGAGGGCAUCUUGUUUACCUGAACUGCAUGUUAAUGCAAAUUGAAAAGGGAAGAAAAAUCCAUAUCAGUGGACAUUCUGAGGUCAAGAACUUUGAAUUGAAUGGUUUAAAUUCAGUUCAACUGUACACCAUAUAUGAACAGUAGGUAUGAUAAUAAGGUAUUCCUCAGGGCCACGUUGACUAUGUUGUUGAAUUUCGUUAAAUCAUGAAUUAUCGUUAAAUUGCACAUAAAACUGUUAUAAUUAAAAUAUAUCAAUUAAGUUGUAUUUUUAAAUCAAAUUUAUUUUCAAGUUAUGCUUUAGCUACUUGCCAA